AUGUCUCGAGAGAUGGAAGAGCUCACCCAAACCAGGUUGCAGAAGAUCUGGAUUCCACAUAGCAGUGGCAGCAGCGGGUUACAACGGAGGAGGGGCUAAAGUUCCCCUUUCUACACAUCCUUGCCAACAUCUGUUUUGUGUAUGGGCAUCCCCAGGAGCGGUGAUACAUAUAUAUCAAUAAUUACUUUGAAUAUAAAUGGACUAAACAUUCCAAUCAAGACACAGGUGUUUAAUUUAGGCCAGUACCGACGAGAGGCAGUGAGCUACAAGAACUAUGAAUUCUUUCUUCCAGACAACAUGGAGGCCCUACUUAUCAGGAAGCAGUGUGCCCUGGCAGCCCUGAAAGAUGUCCAUAACUAUCUCAGCCGUGAGGAAGGUCAUGUUGCGGUUUUUGAUGCCACCAACACUACUAGAGAACGACGGUCACUAAUUCUGCAGUUUGCGAAAGAACAUGGUUACAAGGUCUUUUUCAUUGAGUCCAUCUGUAAUGACCCUGGCAUCAUUGCAGAAAACAUCAGGCAAGUAAAACUUGGAAGCCCUGAUUACAUAGACUGUGACCGGGAAAAGGUUCUGGAAGACUUUCUAAAGAGAAUUGAGUGCUAUGAGGUCAACUACCAACCCUUGGAUGAUGAACUGGACAGCCACCUCUCCUACAUCAAGAUCUUCGAUGUGGGCACACGCUACAUGGUGAACCGAGUGCAAGACCACAUCCAGAGCCGCACAGUCUACUAUCUCAUGAACAUCCAUGUCACACCCCGCUCCAUCUACCUAUGCCGGCAUGGUGAGAGUGAACUAAACCUCAGAGGCCGCAUUGGAGGUGACUCUGGCCUCUCAGCUCGGGGCAAGCAGUAUGCUUAUGCCCUGGCCAACUUCAUUCAGUCCCAGGGCAUCAGCUCCCUGAAGGUGUGGACCAGCCACAUGAAGAGGACUAUCCAGACAGCUGAGGCCCUGGGUGUUCCUUAUGAGCAGUGGAAGGCCCUGAACGAAAUUGAUGCGGGUGUCUGUGAGGAGAUGACCUAUGAAGAAAUCCAGGAACACUACCCUGAGGAAUUUGCACUACGGGACCAAGAUAAAUAUCGCUACCGCUAUCCCAAGGGAGAGUCCUAUGAGGAUCUGGUUCAGCGUCUGGAGCCAGUUAUAAUGGAGCUAGAACGGCAGGAAAAUGUACUGGUGAUCUGCCACCAGGCUGUCAUGCGGUGCCUCCUGGCCUACUUCUUGGAUAAGAGCUCAGAUGAGCUGCCAUAUCUCAAGUGUCCUUUGCACACCGUGCUUAAACUCACACCUGUGGCUUAUGGCUGCAAAGUGGAGUCCAUCUACCUGAAUGUGGAAGCUGUAAACACACACCGGGAGAAACCUGAGAAUGUGGACAUCACCCGAGAACCUGAGGAAGCCCUGGACACUGUCCCUGCCCAUUACUGA